UCGCAUCACUUUAAAUGUGAUUGGACUCUGGCCGAAAGCACAAAACUUUCGUGAAAAGUUAUUAUGCGAUCUACGUGUGCUCAUCGUUUUUCUAGGCAUAACAUUUGGUAUUUUGAUUCCUGCUCUACAUUCUCUAAUGAGAAUUUCCGGAGAUAUCUUACUAAUGUUAGAUAAUUUACAAUUUACUUUACCCGCUAUAAGUUGCACAAUAAGGAUUGUUAUUUUUUGGUGGAAGAAAGAAGCUAUUGUCCCGAUUAUAAAUAUGAUCGCGGAAGAUUGGAUAAAUUCGAAAAGUGAACAAGAUCGAAGCAUGAUGAUCAAACGAGCACAAAUUGCACGUAUAAUUAUUACAUGCGCAUACUGCAUAAUGGGAGUCGGAUGCUUUUUCAUUAUCAUUUUACCCGGCUUUGGAUUGUCAAUGAGAGUGACAACCAACAUUACUGACCCAGGUCGACCAAUGCCACUGCAAACCUAUUAUAUUUAUGAUAUAACGAAAACGCCGCAAUACGAGUUGACAUUUAUCGUUCAAGCCGUUUACAUUGUGCUCGCUAUGAUGUCUUAUACUGGAGUAGAUAAUUUUCUUGGACUACUAGUGUUUCAUAUAUGCGGCCAAUUGGACAUUCUUAAAAAUCGUUUGAGACAUUUAGAUACAUAUAUAAAUUCUCAAGAUAUGCUGAAGAGCUGCAUAGCAAAACAUAUACGUUUACUCAGAGCCAUUAGUAUAAUUGAAGAUACGUAUAAUAUAACGCUUCUCGCAUUAUUUAUAUAUUUUGCAAUACUGUUUUCUUUCUAUGGUUUUCGAAUAAUUAAUCUAUUCGACGACGGAAAUGAUCUGUCGAUUACGCAUUUGGUAUAUUUUUUAUCUAACGUUUUCAAUAUCUUUGCGCAUAUGUGCUUAUAUUGUGCUCUAGGCGAGAUUUUGUUAGGCCAAUGUAAUGAGAUAUAUUCUGCGGCGUAUGAUAAUAAAUGGUACUCAGUGGAUCCAAAAAUUGCAAAAGACUUGUUGCUUCUUUUGAUAAGAGGCACUAAACCGGUCUAUCUAACCGCUGGAAAAAUAUUUCCCAUGACAAUGGCUACUUUUUGUGGACUAAUAAAAACAUCAGCCGGUUAUAUAUCGGUUUUGCAUACAACGAGAAAUUAA